UCUCGCGGGAAGUCUUGACUUCGACCACGGUUGCAUUGCUGUAAAUGAGGACGUCGGAUUGAACAUACAUCGGGGUUUUCUGGUUCACUGCACGGAUAGCGCUGCUGCAAUCAGUCUGGUAUUUUAUAGGCUUCCAUUACUGGGCCUUAGAUAAUUACAACUAUCUGGACUCUCGAAGAGGACGUUGUUCCAACAGACUCUCGGGUUGAGUUAGACGAUAACAGACAACAUGAUUCUUGGUGAAUAGGGUGUUGAACGUUUUAUUUACUUUAAUAGAUCAGGUAAAAUCUUAUCCAGGAUCUUUCUAAACUAAGAUUAUUUAUCACCACUUAAGUUUUGAUAUUGAUAAUGACAUCUGAUCGCUCUGAUCUAGCUGUUUUUUAAAUCUGAAUUCUGCAACAAAGAAAGUAACUGUAAAUGUAGGCUAGCUACAGAUUUAAUGUCACUUUUUUAUUUGAAUAAACGCUGAAGAAAGAAUAGCUUCCACUAUGGAUCGGCUGGACAGAAAACAAAUGGUGGCAAUAAACCCUGGGAAAUGUUGUCCUUCAGCAAAGUAGCCUACUAGCCUAAAGCGCACGCAUUGAUACAAGGCAAUGCGCAACGAGCAGGACAGAGCUAGUUCGUCCCCCUCCACCCUGCCGGAGUCCCCUGGUCACAACUCUCCUGGGAGUGCCUUACUGCUGGAUCUGAAGAGGGUUUCUGUGCGGCUGGUCGACUGCAGGAAAACACCAGGGCAGAGUGGAACUGUGAGAGAAGGACACAAGGAGGGAGAUGGAGAUCUGAUAUCAUCAAGGGACACCCCUAACUCUCGUUCUCUCAGUGGGAGGGGCUUAUCAUCUGGGGAGCCUCAGCCACAUGAUGUUGCUGAAGAGACAGAGAAGACUCUCUCCAAAUCAGAACAUCUCAAGAAACCCCAGCAGAGACGUACAGGGAAGAAACCUCACCACUGCUGCUCUGACUGUGGGAAGAAUUUCACAAGCCGAAGUGGCUUCAUUAUUCACCAGCGGAUUCACACAGGAAAGAAACCGCACUGCUGCUCUCAGUGUGGGAAGAGUUUCACUGCAUCUCAAACCUUAAAAUAUCAUCUGAGAAUUCAUUCAGGGGAGAGGCCUUACCCCUGCCUUGAUUGUGGGAAAAGCUUUGCUUUUUUGGGCGCCCUAAACAUACACAAGCUAACACACACUGGAGUGAAGCCUUAUAGCUGUGAUCAAUGUGGGAAGAGCUUCAGUCAGUCUGGCCACCUGACAACACACCAACUAACACACACUGGAGUGAAGCCUUUUAGCUGUGAUCAGUGUGGGAAGAACUUUGCUCUAACUUCCUCCCUGACUAGACACCAGCGUACACACACUGGAGAGAAACCUUAUGUCUGUCUAUGUGGGAAGAGCUUUGCUGUAGCUUCCAAUCUGACUACACACCAGCGAACACACACCAGAGAUAAGCCUUAUAGUUGUUAUCAGUGUGGAAAGAGCUUUGCUUCUUCAGAAACACUAACUAUACACCAGCGCAUACACACAGCAAAGAAACCUUUUUGCUGUGGUCAGUGUGGGAAGAGCUUUGCUGUAGCUUUCUCCCUGAUUAUACACCAGCGAACACACACUGGCGAGAAGCCUUACAGCUGUGAUCAUUGUGGCAAGAGAUUCAGUCAAUCCGUACACCUGAAUACACACCAGCGAACACACACUGGAGAGAAACCUUAUACCUGUGAUCAGUGUGGGAAGAGCUUCAGUCAAUCAGGGAACCUAAAUUCACACCAGCAAACACACACUGGAGAGAAACCUUAGAUGUGUGGAAAGCGUUGUUCAUUUAGGGCCUAUGUGGAAAAACACCAGAAAACUAAAAAUGUACGAUCUUUGUCCCCAUGUGCAGUCGCAAACCGUAGUCUGGCUUUUUAUGGCGGUUUUGGAGCAGUGGCUUCUUCCUUGCUGAGCGGUCUUUCAGGUUCAGAAGCUUCUAAAGCCAUGUCAAUUUUCUGGAAUUUUCCAACCUGUUUAAAGGCACAGUCAACCUGUUUAAAAGGCACAGUGUAUAUAAACUUCUGACCCACUGGAAUUGUGAUAGUGAAUUAUUAGUGAAUAAGCUGUAAACAAAUGUUGGGAAAAUUACGUGUCAUACACAAAGUAAAUGUCCUAACUGACUUGCCAAACUAUAGUUUGUUAACAAGAAAUCUGUGGAGUGGUUGAAAAACAAGUUUUAAUGGCUCCAACCUAAGUGUAUGUAAACUUCCGACUUCAACUGUAGAUGCAGUAAAGAAGUCAAUCGAACUCGAGCAAAACAAUGGAAUUGCCAUGGAAAGAAAAGGCCAUGGGGGAAUAAUCCUGAAUCUCUUCAUUGCCCCCCAGCAAAAUUAUCCUACGUUUAGACUAUUGUUUAUAUGUGUAUGUCACAAUAUAUUGAGGUACAAAUCAGAGUAUAAUGCUUGUAUGUCAACCCCAAACAGAAAAUGUUAAUUUCAUAUUCCCCAAUCAACUGCAUUACAGUUAAAAAUGAUUGACUACCACCACCAGAUACUAGCUAUGCUAACCGGAGUAAGCAUUUAGAAGUCACUUCAACUUUUAAACGUUAUCCUGCAAAAACAGCCAAAUGUAUCCAAAUUGGACUUAAGUAACCGCAUUGUGAGCCUGUUACAAUACAUAUAGUGCAUUCGGAAAGUAUUCAGACCCAGUGAUGACCCCAAAUUAGUCGAUUGUUUGGUUGUCAGGCUGUUGGUUUUAGUCAAGUAGGAACGUGUGUGUGAGACACACAUACAUUUUCGGAUCAAGCAUGAAUAUGCUUUUAGUCUAGGCCUCCAAUAGAUUAGUUACCUGAGAUGGGCGCAAAUAUAUAUAUGCUCCUCCCAAAUUUUGUAACAAUGUGGAGGGCUCUUUGGCUCCGCGUUGACGGUACAUCCUGUAGAAAACAAACUCACUUCUUGCACUGUUUCGCGAAGAGCAAGAAGUAUGAAUUCCCUGACUUCUACUGAGGUCGUAUCACCAUAAAUGCUGCAUGGCCAAUGCAGAUGUCGGAUUGACCAUGCAGCGCAAAGAUGCACAAUGUGCUUCUCUCUCCUGCCAAUUUGUGCACAUUCAUUGUUUCAUAACUUCAUUGUGUGAAUUGUUUGCGUUUGAUAUCACUUCCCCAUUACAUAUCACCAGUAGUGCAUUCAAACGUUAAUUCCUAAUCUACAAGGUUUGUUACUUUGGUUACAGUAAUUUAUGUUAAUGCAUUCAAUAUAAUUAUUACAGUCUUCCCGGUAUUAUUGUCGGAGUCGACACGUUGUUUGCAGACCGCACAACCUAUGCUGCACUUGUGAGAAACGAGUUUUGGUUGAUUUCAUUCCAUUUAUGAGUUUUGUCACUUUAGUCAGUCUUUUGUUUGGAGCCUCCUGUCUAUGUUGAGUAAGGACCCACAUGCAUAGAAGUAGGCCUAUAGGCUACCUGGCCUGCGGGCAAAUGUACAUAAAUGUGCCCAUUUGGAGAUCUGAUAGUAUUUCUGGUUGGCUUAACGCACCAUCACUAAUGACCCGUGGAGCUUCUCAAAGUAAAUGUUGUCUUCUUCACCUCAAAACAGCAAGCAACCAAAGUCUGUUUUUACAUCCAUUGAGAAUUGCAAUAGUUAAUCAUUGUAUUUGGAAAAUCUUUCCAGCUCUCUCACUUUAAAUAACCAGUGUGAAAAGAUAAAAUGCCAUGCUCUGAUCCAGUGGGAAUGUCAUAAUAGGCCUACCUGAUCACUUCUUAUCAGUGCGCGACUUGGACUGAAACAGGUUCUGGUACUCAUGCUGCUACUGUUUAUAUUUUGGUGCAUUAGCGCCACAAUACUUUUGAGCUGAUAUUCUACAAGACUAACGGAAGCUCAAGCAGUAGAACAUUUUGAGGUGCCGGUACUCAGCUCCAUUGAGCUCCUGCCGAAGUGUCUUAUCCCUUGUGCAAAUGGCCUACAGCUGUGUCUAUCCAGAGCUCAUUGGAACAGGAAACUGAGGGUUCAUCUGAUCUUUUUCUUCAUGUUGCAAGUUCGCUAGCAUAAGCUUCGAGCUGGACCCAAGUUAAUAGUUGAUAUAAGUUCGUUGCAGACAGGCCAUAUGUCGCCAAUGUGAUUCAUAGGAUAUUUUUUUAUUUUUUUUAACAUCUGGAUAUUUUCUACCUGCAGGCUGCAAUGUUUAUUUGUUGGCUUUAUGUAGGCUAUUUUUACAUAGUUGGCAAUUGCAAUAGAAGUUACUUUUUAGGUUUGUACCAUUUAUUAAGAUUUGGCUAGGUUUGAUUAACCACAUGACAAAUGUGCAUAUGAAAACCAUAACUGGCACGCAGAUCGGUAGAAAUGGUAAGAUAUAUUGGCAUUCCAAAUGAGAAAGGUUGCGAACUCCUCUUGUAGCCUGUUACUGGUAACUUCAGGAGAGUAAUGGCAGAAUCGGAGAAAACCAGCUGGAGCGAGGAGAAUGGUUGGGUCAGGUUACGUUUUUUUAUCUAGAUCUCUGGCGCCCUCGAGGCAUUUGCCUUAUUUCAUCAAACCGUAAGCUUAAAAUCAUCAGAUAAGAUCAGUGCAUAUAGUUAAUUUUAUUAAAAAACAUUGGGUGUGUCUAUAUGUAGAAAAAUACACUUUGAAACAUUUAGAUCAGUUGGUCAAAAGAACAGAUGAAUUUCGGUCUACAGAAUUUUUUUGUUGGGAUAGCCCUAGUCUGAAUACUUUCCAGAUGCUGCAUGACGAUUUGACGAAUAUCCACUUUGUUAGAUUAGAUUUGUUGAACGGUCUUCGUUCCAUUGACUCCUUUACUGCAUCUAUAAUAUGCAGCUCUGAUCUAGAAGCAGGUUUGCCAUGUCCAUGCAAUAUCACACAUUGUCAUCUAAAUGGAUAAAUGUCAUAUAUUAUAUUGAUUAAAAGUCACCUUGUCCGACAGAGAUUAACAUGGUUAUAAAAAAUGUCUUGCCAGGGUAAGCCUACAUGAAACACAGCCCUUAUAGUCAGUGUUUCUAAAAUCUCCUAUGGGAUAAAUGAAUGGUGGAAAAACUAUUGGAACCAUUUCCCUGUUUGACCACCAUGUUUUAUGGGUGUUAUGACACAUCCACUGUGGGGCUCUAAAGCGUGAAGUGGUAAUGGUAUCUUUUUAUAGGCACAAAUUUAGCCAUGAUUCGAAGGGGGGGGGGGUACGUUUUGUUCUAUGAGACUCUUCAUCAGCUAAUGUAACUUUGAAUUUUGAAGGAUUUAUGUAAUAAAUAAAUAUUGUAAUUGUUUAAGGUCAUUAACUGACUGAUACUAUCUCAUAGAAAAAAACCUGUAAGUUCUCCUAAGACACUUAUUUUCUGCAUUUAUUCCAAAAACCCUAUUCUUUCUCCCAUUUAAUUUUACGCAUAGGGAUGGCUGAACGAGUCAUAGGCAACUCAUUUCCGGGAUAUAGGACUACAAGCUCUUAAUUUUAAAAAUAAAUAAAAAAUUAAACGGACUACAAGCUCUAUAGCUCUGUAUAGUUCCACAU